AUGGCUACGGGGAGCCGGCUGGCCACAGCGGGAGCCGUCCGCUGUGGUGACGGGGAUGAACUAGCUCUGGCUGGGCUAGAACACCAGACAACCGCACAACAUGUUCAAGCUAAGACUAGCAGUCCAAUGGCCAUUCGAAACCGCACAGCACCAUUGGGACUAGUGAUGUCUUACCACGCCCAGCUACGCGACCACGCAAGGGUAACAUUCCAUUCCCUCGAGCUAAGUACGGGACUGGAAAACUGGACCGAGAGCUCCAUAUGUGAUGAUGGUUUCUACGGAGCAGACUGUGCACAGACAUGUCGCUGCAUGGAGGGGGUCGCAUGUAACAGAACUACGGGCGAGUGUUUCGGAGACUGCGCAUCAGGAUUCACAAGCAUCAACUGCCAAGUACCUGAUACCAUAGAUGGACUAAUCGUGAAUGGAACCAGUCACAAUACCCUCCAUCUGACGUGGGAUGCACCGGGAACCAGCCAAAGGUACCCUUGCCCUGCAUCCGACUACCUGGUGAACUUUGACGUCAUCAACCUGGAGCAGUGUCUAGAUGUUCAUCAACAUGGCGGAUUAGUGAAUACCAAUGACACCAGCAUCACUCUGCAUGGACUAAAGGCGUACUCGACUUACAUCGUUUCUUUCACCCCGCGAAAUGAAGCCGGCAACGGUACAACAUCGUUCCUUCAAGUAACUACUGGGGAAACCUUUCCACAGGUCCAACCCGAAUUCAACAGCAGUUCAGCAACGACCGAGAGUAUCACGUGGACAUGGAAACCGAUACCCUGUGGGAAGAAAGGCGGCAACAUUAUCGGCUAUGAAACACGUUUGAUGAGAUUAAGGGUAACAAACAGGCUGAAUAGUUCAGCCACACUAAUGACACACACCGGUUUAAAACCCUGUACAAAUUACACUCUACGUGUUAGGGUGUACACCAAUGAAGGGUCUGGACCAUGGUUAACUGUACACCAACGAACGGCCACUGAUGUACCAGAUGCUGUGCCAGAUAAUUCCCUCAAGGUCAUAUCCCGUGAACGAAACGAAUUCGACGUUCGUUGGGCCUCCUCCGAAGGACCCUGCCCUGCGACAUCGUACAUUGUAACCUAUGAACUCAUCGAGGUAGACCAAUGCGUGCAGCAGAAUCCACCAAUCAGAACAAAUGUAGGAACGGUCAACACUACUCACGUUACUCUCCACCUACCUGCGUAUUACUCACAGUACAGAGUAAACGUUGCGCCGAUCAAUAUAGCUGGAGAUGGUGAAGAAAAUUUCGAAUAUAUAGAUACAAACGAAAUCACACCAACUGCAGCACCGGUUAUCCGAAGUACAGCAACCAAUGACAGCGUCACGUUCUCCUGGGAUCCCAUCCCUUGUGGCAGUAGACGUGGCAAUAUCACUCACUACGAGUACAGAUUCAAAACGCCAGGAUCACAACAGGAGAACAGACCUCCUGAGAAGAGAAAUAUCUCACAGUUGUCGUUUACCUUUCAUGAUUUAUCACCGUGUACCACCUACUCAAUCAGAGUUCGAGCAUAUACUCGCAUUGGAGCAGGUCCGUGGACAAACUGGACAGAGCAAGACACAGUCGUGUUAGAUGAAAUCAGAGCCCUUAACCUGGAACCCUCAGUCAACGAAAUCCAGGCUUCUUGGACAACUACUGGGAACGAGGACAACCCUUGCCCUGUGACCUCGUACCGCGUUAGUUACCAACUUCUCAACUUGGAGCAGUGCCAAUCAAAGACCGAUCCUGCCCUGACAAAUACAGCAGUUGUGAAUGGCAAUGAUAUUGACAUCACGUCAAUGCAUGCUUACUCUACGUACAGUGUGCAAGUUGUACCCGCAAAUAAUGCUGGCGAAAAAUACAAGAAGAAGAGGACAGUUACGACUAACGAGGGAGAGCCAAUGGCUGCUCCGGAACUUGACAAAAUCGUCCCGUCCAGUUCGGGCGUUCGAGUGUCAUGGCAUCCGAUUCCCUGCGGCAAACGAGGCGGUAACAUCACAGGCUACACGUACGAGCUACGUGACGCAUCUGGGUCCAUGAUACAAACAGAAGACACCAUAGCAGAGUCUGUAGAGGUUGAUGGUCUGUCACAGGGGGCUUCCUACUUCUUCAGGCUGUGUGCGUUCACGCGUGCAGGAUCGGGACCCUGGAAGGAAGUUGGAUUUGACAUUCCCACUGAUGAUUCGGAAACUUCUCCUGGGAGUGGCUCAGUUUCGGGCGUAGUCAUCUUCGUCUUGGUCGCUGUGGCUCUUGCUCUCCUGAUAGCUGUCAUCAUCAAGAAACGACGGCGGCAAAGGAGCAAGGCACUGAAUUCGGGCGACACUGACGAUGUUGAACUUGAGAAUCUGCCAACUACGUCUGGUUACAAGCCAUCCGUUGAUACAUCAGCUGCAGAAGGCCUAUCCACUGAUGAACCAGUGACGUCAUCCACUAAUCCACCAAAGUCUACUGAACAACUAGCUAUUGCUGUCUCACCCAAAGCGGGGCCAUCCCCAACAUCCACUGAUUCAGCAUCAGCAUCUGGUCCAUCCACAUCCACCAAGGCUCCCGUGAAGCCCAAACCGUACGUCAAUCCUUCCACCAAGCCCAAGCUGAAGGCUUCGGCAAAGGCAUCCCCGAGUUUCUCCCAAGCCGGCCCAGUUGCCAUGGCUCAACUGGCUGAAUACAUCAAGAGUAGAACAGCUGGAAAGGUCAUCGGAUUCCAACAAGACUAUGAGUCGAUUCCAGGUGAGCAGAUGCACUCUUGGUGCGUCGCCAAACAGGACCACAACACCAGGAAGAAUAGAUACAAAAACAUCUUGGCAUAUGACCAUUCUCGCGUGGUCUUGGAGUGUCUGGAAGAUGACCCACAAUCAGACUACAUCAAUGCCUCCUACAUCAAUGGCUACAAGCAUAAGUCCAAGUACAUUGCCUGUCAGGGUCCCACUGAGGCCUCAGUGGACGAUAUGUGGCGCAUGGUGUGGCAGGAACGCGUGGGAAAAAUCGUCAUGCUGACGAACCUGAUCGAACAUGGCAAGGGGAAAUGCGAGCAAUACUGGCCCGAAGGUAAUGCAGACUAUGGAGAACUGUUUGUCCGGAAAGUGGACGAAACAAAACACUCUAAUUUCAUUGUGAGGACUUUCCACGUGACGAAGAACAGUGAGCCUGAAGGUGAAUACCGUGAGUUAACCCAGUUCCACUACACCACCUGGCCAGACAUGAAACCACCAGAGUCAUCUCCGUUACUUCAGUUUGUCAGAAGGGUCCGAGCAACAGACACUUCACAACACGGACCCAUCGUUGUCCACUGCAGUGCUGGAGUUGGCCGUACAGGAACCUUCAUCACUUUGGACUCCAUGCUUGAGAUGGCGGAGGCAGAGGGGAAAGUCGAUGUCUUGAAGUUUGUAAACGAUAUGAGGGAACAGCGCUUCCUUAUGGUCCAAACACUAGAUCAAUACAAGUUCAUCUUCGAUGCUCUGUUGGAGUCUAGUCUCUCAGAGAACACGGCCAUCAGUGCUGAUCGCUUCCAUCAGAGCUACGCUAAACUCAAGAAACGGGACAAGAAGACAGGGACAAGUGGCAUCGAAGCGCAGUUCCAGAUGCUGGAGUCGUUCACUGCAACACCAAGCGAGGAGCAGUGUAUGGGAGGGAGGAGCGCCGCCAACGUUGACAAGAACAGAUUCAAAGACUGCAUUCCAAAAGACAGCAGCCGACCGUAUCUGAUGACAAAAGGUGACGAAGGAAGUACCAACUACAUCAAUGCUACAUUCCUGGAUGGUUAUAACAGUAAGCAUGCCUACCUAGCUACCCAGGCACCGCUGCCUAACACACGGGAUGAUAUCUGGAGGAUGGUGUUUGACUACAAAUCAUCUUGUAUUGUCAUGCUCAAUUCCAUGGGCAAUGACCCGGGCGUUGUCCAGUAUUGGCCAGAAAAAGACAGUUUGGAUAUUGGGCCACUGACCGUUACACUGACCCGUGAGGACCGGCACAACGAGGACAUUAUCAUACGGGAGUUGGAUGUUUGCUAUCCCGCUAGGAAGAAUGACGAGGUCCAGACUGUCUGUCAGAUCCAAUACCUGGGAUGGCCAUCUGGGAAGGAGGUUCCAAGAUCCCCAUCUAGUCUCCUCAAGGUGCUGGAGGCUGUUAAGAUGUGGUCGACCGACCACCCUGAUGGACCCAUCACUGUCCACUGCAUUGACGGCGUCGAAUGCAGUGGAACCUUUUGCGCCUUACUCACACUCCUGGACCAACUCGCACUGGAGAAAGUUGUAGACGUCUUCCAAGCCACCAAGAAACUCCGCAUCACCCGAGCUGGGAUGGUCAACACUUUGGCUCAGUACCAACUGUGCUAUCAGGUGAUCCAAACCUACUUGGAUUCCAGCUCAAUCUAUGAGAAUUAUCGAUGAAUCAGUUUGGGACAACUUGUUAGACAUCAUAAAUGUCAGAUUUGCAAGUCCAUUAGUUUGUAACCGAUACUUAACGUUUUUGUAAGGACAAAGAGGAGUUUUGGAAAGGUAGGUUUUCUCUGCUUUAACGUCAGUAUUACAUCUAUAGUUUCAAAUUCCUGCUCGGCAAUUUUCUGUUCGUCGUGGGGCUAGGCUAGGCUAGUAGCCUCUUUGUUCCUAUAUCGCUGACUGUCUGACUGACUGACACACUGUCAAUUAUGGGCUCUGUGCGCGACCAAAAGAAGGCGUGUUUUUCCCUCUUUUGAGAGCUCCGUGGACGGGGGACACAGCGUGCGUGUACUGUACUGUGCUGGUUCGUGCGCAAAGUACGCACGACUUCCUGAGUGUGCAAAAG